AAAAUAAGUUUUUUUUGUUUAAAAUAGAGAAAUGAAGUAUAAGUGAUAAGCUAGUUAAAACUUAUAAGUAAUUAAAAUGUUUGAGAAAUAAGUAGAAUUCGUGAAACAAAAGAUAACAUUUCUAAUUUUUUAUAAGUACUUCUUGACUUUUUACACAGAGUGUACAAUUUUCUAACUUAUAAAUCCACAAGCCGGGCUUAAAAACUCACCCAAACACCCCAUUGUUUUAGAGCAGGACUUGAUCAAAACAGAGGAUACAGUUGACCUGAAGCCUUCAAAGAAAAAACAUUGACCUUGACGGACAGAAAAAGUCAAAUUGCAAUAUACUAGUACCAGCACUCGUAGACUAGUAGUAGUGUAAUCCUAGUUGGCGCAAGCCAGCCACUACUUACUAACCUCCACUGCAGCCGCGCAUGUUAGCCUUGCUCGCCAUUUCACUGCUCAAGGGUCACGAUAACUAAAAGUCUGCGUACUACAAGUAUAUAAAAAUUUCAUGAAAACUCCAGACAGUUUUCACGGUGGCCGGGACCGGAGCUCCGGGACUCCUUCACAAACUCCUGACCGUAGAGUUCAAAUUUCUGCAGCCAGAUCACUUAAAGGAGUUUUUCUGGCUUGUUUUACUUCUUCGGAGCCGAUAAAUUCCAGCGAACUUUGUUCCCCUCCAGCUGUUGUUUCAGAAUCUUCGGGUGGUAGCAGCGAGAAAAGACAUCGCAGUAUAUAUGGCAGCUCAAAUGAUUCAACCCACCUAAGGGAUCCAGGCACUACUAAGUUCACAAUUGGAGAAAUAUUACAGGCAACAAGGAACUUUUCCCCGAAUCUGAAAAUUGGUCAUGGCGGUUUUGGAACAGUCUACAAAGGUCGACUUGAAGAUGGAACCUUUGUUGCAGUUAAACGAGCUACCAAGAGUGUGCAUGAUAGGCAUUUGGGACUGGAAUUCCAGAGUGAGAUUGUCACUUUAAAACAGGUGGAACAUCUAAAUUUGGUCAAGUUUUAUGGUUACCUGAUUCAUGAAGAUGAAAAACUCGUUGUGGUGGAAUACGUCCCAAAUGGAACUCUUAGAGAACACUUGGAAGUUUUGUGCAUCAAUGCAGGUAUGCAUGGAGCUGUUCUUGAUUUUGCAAAACGGUUAGACGUUGCUACAGAUGUAGCCCAUGCUGUUACUUAUCUCCACAUGUACAGUGAUCAUCCCAUUAUCCACAGAGACAUCAAGUCUUCCAAUAUUCUCCUCACUGAAAACUUCCGAGCCAAGGUUGCUGACUUUGGCUUUGCUAGAAUAGUAGCUGAUGGCGAAUCAGAUGCCACCCAUAUUUCUACCCAGGUUAAAGGAACUGCUGGAUAUCUUGACCCUGAAUACCUGACAACUUUCCAACUUACCGAGAAGAGUGAUGUCUACUCAUUCGGUGUAUUACUUGUGGAACUGAUGACAGGCAGACGUCCUAUUGAACCAAAGCGAGAAUUGAAAGAGAAGAUUACUGCUAGAUGGGCCAUGAAGAAGUUUACCGAAGGAGAUGCCAUUUUAGUUCUGGAUCCGAGACUGGAAAGAUCUCCUGCAAAUAAUGUAGCUUUAGAAAAGAUUCUUGAACUAGCAUUACAAUGUCUGGCACCUCAUAAGAAAAGCCGUCCAAGGAUGAGAAGGUGCGCAGAGGUUCUGUGGAGCAUCCGGAAAGAGUACAGACAGAUAUUGGGCUCUGAGACUCCCUCGAUCUCUUCUGAUUCCCAAAGGAGCACCUCACUGAAAGAAGAAUAGCAGAUGGUAUCUACUCGUGAUUGCAUUGGUUUAGUUCUGUUAAUGUAAGAACCUGUUUCAAGAGAAAUAAUGAUGGACCAUUCAUGGUUUGGAACAAGAACGGCAUGUUAUUUGGCUUCAUAGCACACAAGUUAAAAUCUGAAGUUUGCUGUUGAUACAUAAUGAUCACUGUAUGUGUUUCUCUUUGGGUGGAUUCAGUUAUUAAUGUGAUCUAGUUUACCACAA